GCAAAAUUCACAUACCGCAUGGACCUGCACGCAAGAGGCAUCGCAGACCUCGAAAUCAUCUAGGUCGUCAGGCUAGUUGAAGUUGGGCACCACCACCGCUGGUUGCAGUUCAAUGGAGGGUUCCACCACCAACCAAUUUGCCGGAGCCGCCGCCAGGGUCGGCGCGUCGUCGGCUAACGCGGCGCCGCUGUCGGCCAUGCCACGCGGGGAGCUCGCGGACGCCCUUAUCGGCGUCGGAGUUGGAGGAGGGGAUGGGGACCCCCGCGCUGCUCUCCAACGGCUGGCUGCCCUCGGCGACCGCAUGGCCGCCGUCCGCCACCGCCUCGCCGCCUCCAUCUCGGGCGAAUCGCAGCCCCUCUCCUCCUCAGAUAUCCAAUCCGUGUCCUCCGAGAUCUCAUCCGCCGCUCACCUCGUCGUCCUCAACGCUGCCAACCUCCUCUCUUCCUCCCUUCCCUUCCUCGCUCCACCUCCACCUCCUGCCGCUCCUGCUCCUGUCCAAGAGCUUCCUGCCGCGGCCUCCUCCGCCGAAGAACUCCCCCGAGAAGCCACCAAGGGCGACGGUGGCUAUGAUGUCGUUGAGCUCGAUGCCGAAGAACUGCUCGCGGAGCAUGUGCACUUCUGCGAUAUCUGCGGCAAGGGCUUCCGCCGUGACGCCAACCUCAGGAUGCACAUGCGCGCGCACGGGGACCGAUUCAAGACCCUGGACGCGCUUUCCCGGCCUGGCCAGGCGAAGCCAGCUGCCGGCGGUGAUGUACGGUUCUCGUGCCCCUUCGCGGGAUGCAACAGGAACCGUGCACACCGCCGCUUCCGGCCGCUGAAGUCAGCGGUGUGCACGCGCAACCACUUCCGCCGGAGCCACUGCCCUAAACUCUACGCCUGCGAACGCUGUGGUGGAAAGAAGCGCUUUGCUGUUCUUACCGAUCUCCGCAGCCACCUCCGGCACUGCGGUGAGGAGGCACAGUGGCGCUGCUCCUGCGGUACCACCUUCUCCCGCAAGGACAAGCUGUUCGGCCAUCUCGCCCUCUUUGAAGGCCAGGGCCAUAUGCCAGCCAUCUCUGCACCGAACAAGGAUGUGGUGACAGUAUCUACAGAGGCAUCCCUUGAUAUAAUAGAGGAAGGAGGACUUGAGGAGAACUGUGGCCGGGAGAAUGGUGAUGAAGGUAGUUUUGAUCCGGAGUUCUUCAAGGAAUGGGUGGAUGAGCUCAGAGAUGGUGCGGGGCCUGUUGGUGGGACAAAUUGGCCUGGACCAGCAGCACGGCCAUAGCAAUGUAGCAAGUGCUCUUUGGGGUGUAUGGUAACAACAGCAAGGGCCAUUGGCUUGCAAAAGUGACUGGAAAGAUCAGCGUGGAAGGUGCUUCUGAAGAACAACGCAGGAGGUUUCCAUCCAUCUCCCUGUGCGUGCGUGCUUCUUUAUAUGGUUGGCUCACUGAUCUCGGUUCGCAAUCUUGUUACUCUGCACUCCCUGUUAACCGAUCCCGUUGGCUGAAAUACAUGCCAGAUGUUGGUUAUGAAGAAUCUUCUUUCUGUAUCGACUAAUGAGAAAUUAUCAUGACAAAUGGUGGAAUCAGUCGGUAUCUGCUGCGUCCGUGGCGCCGAAAUAAUAAAAAUUACCGAUUUUACCUAAA